UGUGAUAAACUUAUUAAAUAGAAAAAUGUCGCUGCUUGGGCCGAACAAAAAAAUUGUGUUAAAAAUCAGGAAGUAUUCCUCUCUAAGGACGUUAGAAGAGGUUCGAAAAAUAGUUUUGAAUGCCGCGGACGAACCAAUGACUCUCGAUGAAUUGUGUUUGAUGUGCCAACGUAUUUUUCACUUGUCUCCGGCGGUCCAAUUGUCCAUGAAAUAUGUUGAUUCAGAGGGCGACCAAAUCAGCUUGACAGAUAAUUCGGACUUAGUUUUUGCUUUGAUCGACAGUGGAGACUACCUGAAGAUCAAUAUUUAUCCGGAAGAAGAGGUUACAGGAAUUGAAGUAAAAGGUGACCAGGUUGUAAUGAGCAGUGCUAAGCUGCACGAGUUGAAAAGUGAAAUGUCUUCAGUUUUGAAUAAACUAUCUUCCUGGAUCGGGCAACUUGAAAAUGUCGAGUUUGUGGCAUCGAAAACUUCAACUGCAUCGGGUUCUUCGAGCAGAAAAGAGAAACGAAGUAGCAAAGAAAGCUCCAAAAAUGCGCACGGUGAGAAAGAACAUAAUGUCGCAAUCAAAAGUGGAGCUGGCAAAGAAUUUGAUCCUCUGCAGCAACAAGUUCAGAAUAGCUUCAACCAAAAUUCAGCUACGGAUAAAGCAUCUGAAAGUGUUUUUGGUGACAACCAAGUGAAUGAUUUGUCACUUGAGUCAUCUGCAGGAGUUAAUGUACAAUCGAAUUCUCCUGGAAACGAAAAUAACUCAAUGGAACAGGCUCCAAGUGAGAGAAAUAACAUGGGCUCAAUGCAAAUGAAUCAUAAUGCACCACCUCCAGGCAGCGCAUUCAAACCGAAUGUAUACCCCGGUGCAAACGAUCAUCUGAACAACUUGGACGUAUCACAACAGCUUGACGAUGGACAGCGGAACUCUGCUGCGCCAUCGCCUGCAAUUGACAAUAUGCAAGGGGUCCAGUUUAAUUCCGACGUGAAUUCUUUGAGUCGGUCCAACGCUCCUGCACAAACCCCUACGUCAAUGAGCGGUGGCCCAGGAAGCCGGCCACCACCUGAUAGUCCUGGAAACUCAAUGCCUCCUUUUAUGCCACCGAACAGCAACAUGGGAAACGUGAACAUUUCUGGAGGGCCACCCAAGAUGGCGAACAGUCCUGCUCCUCCUUCGACUUUCGGCGGAACACCAGCACCUCCUCCUGGUCAGUACGGAGGACCCAAUUUUGGCCCUCCAAUGAGCUCAAAUGGAUCGCUGCCGCCUCCACCCAGUUCUAACGUGGAUUCAAGGCCUCACUCGCAGACGAGUUACAACGGAUAUGCUCCUUCGCCAGGUCAAGGUCCAAAUAGCAGCAUGGCGGGGCCCCAUCCCAGUAUGAUGCAUCAGCCUCCGUAUUCAAUGGCGGGAGGCAUCGCACCUCCUCCUAUGAUGAUGGGACAACCAGGAGCUCCUCCUCCGUCAAUGAACAUUCCUCGAGGGCAAAUGAUGUUCCAAGGUGGAAGUAGAUACCAGGUACCGGCUUUCAAGGGAUCAUCGACACCGUUGCAGACACCAAGCGGCGAUUCCAACGGGGGUCAAAUGGUAAACUCGAAUGCUCCACCAAUGGGAGGAUCUCCUUUUAUGCCACCGACGAAUUACCCGCCUCCCCGGGGAUCAUCAGGAAUGCCACCUCCGCCAUCCUCGUCAGCUGGUCCUCCAAACGGACCCCAACCAUCCUACGGAAUGAACCCGAUGGGAAACCACAUGAUGAGGAUGCCCGGGCCACCACCCAUGGGGGGAGGUAUGAUGCCACCACAUCAUAGUGGGGGACCUGGAAACCCAAUGAUGCCCCCACCUCCGAUGGGCAUGGGCGGAUACGGGGGCGCACCAGGAGCUCCGAAUGCGAACGGACCUGGAGGACCUCCGUCAAUGAUGCCACCACCACCUACAUCAUUCACGCCAUCAUCGUGAACUGAACUUAUUUAAAAUGACCGAUAUAACGAUUAACGAGUAGUGUAAAUUAGUCGAUUCAUGAAAUUGAUUCUGUUUUCAACAUUGACCAUAAAAGAGUUGUUAUUGGAAAGUAAUUAAUGUGGCUGGUGUAAAUGAUGGUCAGAAGCUUCAAUUUUUGUCUGCCUAAUUCUCAAUAGAAUCAUUUUUUGAAAGCGACCCAGCGGAACAACUAGCCAGAGCUUCUUAUGAGAAUGGUAUUUGGGCACUGUAAUUUGGAGCAGAUUUUGUUAUUUUUUAAUCUCUUCAUUUUUGAAUAUGGGCGUUGACUAAAUAUGAUAAAUAAUUAAGCUAUUAAACCAUUUUUUCCAAUAGUUUUCGUUAAUUUUCUCGACUUAGUGCGUGUGUUUAAUAGCUGAAAUUAUAAAAGUGUUCUCAAAUUACAAUACCAAUAAUGACCGAAAAGUUGUAAACUGAUACAUUUUUGAGUAUUGUUAGCUUGACCGAAUAUUGGUUGAGGAUUUCAUCACUAGUGACGGUUCACUGUUGAGGCUGUGUAAAUUAAUGUUAGAGAUAACUGCUUAUAUAUCAAUCAUGAGUUGUGCUUAAAUAUGUAAAUGAUCAUUUUAAUUGUGGUUAUUAGAAAUGAGUUGACAGUAUAUUGAUUUAUUCCUCCUUGGCUGUAUGUCAAAUAAUUUUUCAAUUAAAUGUACCGAACAA